AUGUCUGCUGCUAACCCCAUUGAUGUGAUAGACAUUGUUCACACCACUCCAGAGUCCAAAGAGUCUGAGAAUCCUCAUCAUGUGCCAUCUACCACAAUCCUUGUUAAUCCUAAGGGAUCCUCUGAACACUCAAAUUCUAAGCAGGAUGAAGAGGAUAACCCUGGAGCUGAGUACCUAGUUAUGCCCACUAUGCUUCUCAAUUGUCACAGAAUUUCAUAG